UCGUUAACCGAAAUCUCGUUAACCGAGGCGCUCGUUAACCGAGGCGCUCGUUAACCGAGGGACCACUGUACUGGUAAUUAAAGGACCUUAUGAAGCUCAUAGCCCCACUUGUUUACGAUCAUAUCAGAGAUUGUAGAGCUAAAUUAUUUUGACAUCAUUAUCAUCAUCAGGUUGGGUUUUUAUCUCCAAAGCUCUCAGUACCCAGUCGCCCUCUUAGCUCUUUCAACGUCACAUUACACAUCCAUCUCACUGUGUCAUUUCAAUUUGCUCAAGCUGAUGUAUGCCGUCCUCUUUAAUUGCCAUAAAUCAUUUUUCUUUCAAGCGAAAAAGUGGUUCCCCUCUCUGUUAAUAAAGCCCCUUGACUUGUAACUGAGCUAGCUUUGGCACUAUCUCCAUCACUGUGAUCUUAUCACCGAGGUAGCAGAGCUCUUUGAAACAGUCCAGGAAAAUUUCCUCACUGUCAAGCUUUUCCAGUCUUGCUCAACAACAUGAUAACCUGCACGCACUGUACACGACUCUUACAGUCAGUGACAUACUGCAGUUUGCCAUUUACACCACUGCACCUCUUGUGUAUGCAUCUUUUGCACUCACUGCACAUUACUGAAUUACUACCAACACAUUUCUUAUACUGGAUGGGGGGAGUCCCCGGGUUACGAACGGGUUUCAUUCCUGAGGACGUUCUUAAGUCCGAUUUGUAUAUAAGUCAGAACACAUGAUAUGUGCAUACUGUACUUAAAGAAUAAUGUUUAAAAUCCCACCAUAUCAUAGCCUAAGUCCUUAUGUGCAUCAAAAAUCACUUAAUUUAAGACAAAAGAAGAAAUAGAAUGACAAAAUACAGUAAAUGAAAGUAAAAAAUAAGUUGUGGUAAAUAAAAUACAGUACUGUAAAUUUCAUGUUUAACCCCAUUCGUAGGUCGAGGAUACCCUGAUUAGCCAUUCCACUUCACUCAUGCCAAUAAUCAACACUGUAUUCUUUUUUUUUCAAUGUUCACUCCCAUACACUUUGACUUCAUAUCAUCCUUCCACUUUUUAAGUUUCUACACUGUCUCUUCAGUACAUACUAUCUGCUCUCAAUGCCAAGUCCUAGGUACUCUAUGCAACACUGCCCAGGGCAGACCUGUCCUAAAAUCAUACAUAAUAGUGCCUCCAACACCAUGAUAAACAGAAGGGAGCUCAAGACCGACCCAUGGUGGACCCCUAUUUUUGUCUCAUUAGCUGGAAUAAUUGGUGCAGAGCAGUUCCGGGAUUGAGAGAUUUUUGGAGCCACAGUGGAUAAGACAGAUUCAUCAUGGCAGAUGUUUCAUCUAUAGAACAUCCCACAUUAAAAGUACCAUACGAUGUGCUGAACAAGAAAUUCCGGCUGGCACAGAAAACUUUAGACCGAGAAGUUUGCCAUGUUACCUCUGCCGUAACUGAACUGGAGCGAGUCCUCUUCACAGACAGCCGCAGUGCCUCACAAAUAUCAUCUUUACUUGGUGGCGUUGUUGAAAAAUUAUCUUCCUUCAAGCGUAAGGCAGAAGAAGCUACCCAGGAGGAGAUGGAAUCUGGACGUGUGGUGAAGCGUCGUGUAGAUCAUCUGAAAGACCAUGAUUCACUCAGUCCUUCGGUGGUAACAGAAUGGAAACGCACUAGACUUGAUCGAUUGUUAGUGGAGUAUCUUCUUCGUGCUGGAUGUUACUCAACAGCCACCAAGUUAGCAAGUUCACGUAGUAUAGAAGGGCUUACGAACUUGGAUGUGUUCCUGGUUGCAAGAGAGGUGGAGCAGUCAUUAGGUUGCCGUGACACAAGCAAGUGCCUUUCCUGGUGCCAUGAUAACAAGAGCAAGUUAAGAAAGCUCAACUCCUCCCUGGAGUUCAAUGUGCGGAUGCAAGAGUUCAUUGAACUUAUCAAGAGUGAUCGUCGAAUGGAAGCUAUCAGGCAUGCAAGAAAGCACUUUACAGGACAAGAACCUGGGCAUUUGCCCUCCAUACAACGAUGUAUGGCACUCAUUGCUUUCCCAGCCAACACAGAUGUCACUCGAUACAAGGAGCUUCUAUCAGAUGUACGAUGGGACCAGUUGAUUGAACAGUUUCGAGCUGAAAACUUGAAAUUAUAUCAGUUGUCAUCACAGUCAGCAUUCUCUGUUGUUGUCCAGUCAGGGCUGUCUGCACUCAAGACUCCUCAUUGCUAUAGGGGAGCUACUGGUCACAACCCAGACUGUCCUGUGUGCCAGCCCUCUCUUAACUCACUAGCUUCACCUCUCCCGUAUGCCCACUGCUCACAGUCUCGUCUUGUUUGUCACAUUAGUGGAGAACAGCUCAAUGAAAACAACCAACCACUGAUGCUGCCCAAUGGAUAUGUCUAUGGACAGAAGGCUCUUCAGCAAAUGGCCAGUGAGAAUAACGGCACCAUUGUUUGUCCGCGCUCUCGUCAGACAUUCAACAUUAGAGAUGCAGAAAAAGUGUUUGUCAUGUGAGAAGAUGUGUGUGAUGCUCACAUGAUAUUAGCAGUUAAAAUGACAGUUCUUGUGAACAGAAUUUAUUGCUCAUAAAUGUGGCCAUAAUAAUAAGGAAACUCUUUAACAAGAUAAAAUAAAUUACUGAUAUUGGUUUGUACUGUACUGUCAUGUACUGUAUUCAGGUAUCUUAAAUUGUUGCUAUUUUGUGCGCUGAUUUAAACUGCAAUUUAGAUGAGUGUGUGUUAAUGCAGAAACAUGGUUAAACAUUUGUAUACACUCAUACAGUACUGUAUGUGCUUGUACACACACAAGUAAACAUACACAUUUACAGUAUAUACAUACACAGAAAUAUGCUGUAUAUGCACAUAUACAGGUACAGUACAGGUACUCUUGUUUUGGUAUUGACAAAGGAGAAAUUUAGCUAUAAUUACAAUCUUUUGUUUCACGUGAGAUUUUGAUAAUGUGACAAAAGAAUAUUAAAGUGUUUUGAUAAAGGCAACUAAAGAAAAAUGGUAUAUUCAUGAUGAAAGACUAUUCACUGAUGAAGUUAAAGCUAUACUGUACUUCUGUGACUCCAUGCUUUUCCUUGACAUCUUUAGUCUUAAUAUGUUGACCAACAAUGUAUGAUAAAGUUUGCUAUAUUAAGGACAUAUGGCUCAUCAUUUUGUAAUCUAAAGUCAUUUCAGAUGUGUGCAUGUCUGUUCCCUCGCCAUAAAUAAAAUACAAUGAGAAUCAUUUUGAAGGGACACUUGGGUCUCUUCUUUGUCCAUAUUUUCAGUGAAGUUAACAAGAGAACAACUUUUGAGAUGAGGUUUUUAUAUUGUCAGUAAGUUUUGCAUCAAGGAUGUACUAUGGACUGUAAUGUACCUCUAGAGCAGUGGUUCUCAACCUUGUUUGCCCCAUGCACCCCUUUCACCAUAUGUCAGAAUGUCAUUCCCCCCUCCUUUCCAAGAUUGUCUGCCUCAAAAAGUGCAUUCCAAA